UUAUCUCACUCUAUUAACGUCAACCUCAACUGCCAAUAAGCAAUAAAAUUCUGUCAUUGUGCUAGUACUUCUACGAUUUCCGAUUCGUCCUUUAAACUCUGAGAAGACAUUCAUUUUUAGCAAAAUUUCCAGUGUUUCCACUUCUGACACAUCAUUUCUCAUCGGCGAAGUCAAAAAAACUCCGAUAAAUUAAAGAAUGGCAGCCCCAAUUGUUAUUGCCGCAACCGCUAAACACACAGCCACGUUAAUUUUUUUACACGGUUUAGGGGACACAGGCCAAGGCUGGGCCAGUGCUAUGGCUGCUCUCAGACCACCCCAUGUGAAGGUUAUUUGCCCCACGGCCCCCACCAUGCCAGUGACUCUAAAUGCGGGUUUUCGGAUGCCUAGCUGGUUUGAUUUGAGGACUCUUGAUGCCUCAGGACCUGAGGACGAGGAAGGAAUUAAACAGGCCGCAAAGCAGGUGCAUUCUAUGAUAGAUAAUGAAAUUAAGGACGGUAUUCCAGCUGAUAGGAUAGUUGUGGGGGGUUUCUCCCAAGGGGGAGCACUAGCACUUUAUUCCGCUCUUGUGUACCCCCAACAAUUGGCUGGAGUUGUCUCUCUAUCUGGUUGGUUACCUUUGCAUAAGAGUUUUCCGAGUUCUAUGAAAACUACAAAAGAUUUAUCUAUUUUGCAGUGCCAUGGAGAUUGCGAUCCCGUUGUCCCCUUCAAGUGGGGCCAAAUGACCGCAUCUGUUCUUAAAACUUUACUUAAAGAACCUGAGUUUAAGUCAUACCGAGGACUUAUGCAUACGUCUUCAGAUGAAGAACUGCGGGAUAUAAAAGACUUUAUUGACAAGCAUCUUCCUCCACACUAAUUAUCAUGCUAUUUAUUUAUCAAUUUCGUUUAUUGUAUAUAAUUUAUCCAUUUGAUGGAACAUUCCUGUUAAUUAUCAAAAAACAGUUCUGUUGUAAAUAAAAAUAUCUGUCUUUAGUGUAUUAGUUGGAAAUGUUUGGACAAUUCAAUCUAUUGUAAUUAAACUUUAGGUAAUUGCACUUUGUUAGAUUUUGUACUCCAAAUCUAGAACUUCCACAUUGUUCGCAUUUUAACUGUUGCGACUAUUUAAAGUAUUAGGUCGCUGAAAGUUUUCUUGAAUAGUUAUAAGAAACAUUUUAUAACUUUUUAAUCUUCAUGGAGUACAAAAUGAGAACUCGAAACCUCCUCUAGAUUCUGUUGUAAUAACUUUCUGUUUAUGGAGAAAUAAAUAUACAUGAUUUACGUGAAAUAAUUAUGAAUAUUGUGUAAUAACGUAAGGAAAUCUACAAAAAAUUGUAUACCAAACUUCACAUAAAUACAAUAUUUAAAAAAACGUUUGAGCAUAAAUUAGCAACAAAAAGUAAAACAUUUAUUAAUCGCACUUAAAUAUGAACGAUAAUGUUCAAUUCUCAAGGAAAAUGUGGCAAAAUAA